GGCCGACCCCCGACAGGGCGCCGAUUCGCGUCUAUUGAAGCCCAAUGGCUUUUCGAGUGGAGGGCCUCGUCCAGAUCCAUACUCCACUCAUGUCGAUCACGCCGUCAUCGAGUGCGUCCAGUACGGAUGCCGCAUCUACGUCUGGUCCUGCUCGGCGACGUGGUCGGCCACGUAAGACUGAAGCCGAGAAGGCGGAGACGAAGGCUAGGCGUGCAGAGGCGAUGCGCCAGAAACGGGCAGAAGACUCGGAAUAUCGUGCGAAGGAGGCAGAGGCCAAGCGGCAGAAGAGGGCCGAACAUCCCGAGUAUCGUGCAGCGGACAUCGAAGCGAAGCGUCAGAGGCGGCGUGAUUACGCCGAACUGCGUGCCCGUGAAGCCGAAGUGAGGCGACAGCAGCGACAGGACGAUCCGGAGAUGCGAGCCAGGGAGGCCGAAGCGAAGCGGCUGAGACGGCGAGCCGAGGCGGAGCAACGAGCACGCGAGAGACUCGGCCAGCAUGUUAGUGCGACAAACGUGUUUGAGAAGCGCUUCACGCAAAAUCCCUUUGGCUACUCGUGCUCUGUAUGCGGCCGCCUUUGGCACAAGAACGAUCUGAACCUUCUACCCGAUGCCCACUCUGCAGUGGUUGUCGACGCGUUUCAGACGGACGUGUCUGGCUGCGACAAUAUCACCUCAAUGGCGUAG